AUGGCUACAGUAACCAUCACAACUACUGAAGGGGGCGUGGAGCCACUUCAGAUCAAAGAUAUUGCGACUCGCCUCUUGAACGGCACGCUUCAUUCCCAGUGGCCACCCUUCGAACAGUUCGCAACCAUCGAUGGCCUAUUGAAAUCUCAUGCAGCUCAACCAGAUGAGGCACAGCGGCCUCUGAUAUGUUACCCCAUUCGCGGAGCGGCCGAUUUCGAGGAGCAUACAGCUGGGGCCAUCGAUCGGUAUACUGAUCUCGCUGUUCGCUUUUACAUGCAGCAAGGACUUGUACCCGCGGACCCGCAUCUCGAGCAGGCACCUGUUGUCGCUAUGCUAGCUGGAUCUAGUUUCGAGGUCGUGGUCACUUUCUUUGCGCUGAAUCGUCUUGGCUAUGCUGUGCUUUUCUUGUCCACGCGUCUCAUGGCACCGGCUUAUAUUCGGCUACUGGAGAUGGCAAACUGCAGCCAGCUCAUCAAAACAAACCAGUUCCAGCAAGUUGUAACUGAAAUUUGUGCCGAGCGUCCUGGCUGUAGUACCUUUUCCCUACUACAACGAGAGGACUGGUUCAAUCGUCCGGUUAGCACUCCUCUCUUUGAACGACCGGGUGCAGAUCCAUCACGAGAAGGCAAGAAGAUUGCUUGGAUUCUACAUUCUUCUGGGAGUACCGGUUUCCCGAAGCCGAUCUUCCUUACCAACCUUCAAACGCUAGCCAAUUUCUGCAAGAGCUUCGGCCUGUGCCUCUUCACUAUUAGCCCGCUCUUCCACUCGCACGCUCUAAUGGAGUUUGGAAGAGCAUUCUAUACAAGAGCACCAGCGUACUUAGGAAACCAUUCUCUUCCAGUCACAUACCAGAAUCUUUUCGAUGCCCUCCAGGUGGCGAAGCCACAGCAAAUCAGCGCCGUGCCAUAUGUGAUCAAACUACUAGCGGAGAAGCAAGAAGGCAUUCAAGCACUAGCUAGACCACAGCUCGUGCUAUACGGUGGCUCCAGCUGCCCAGACGAUCUUGGCGACCGUCUUGUUGCACAGGGCGUGAAUCUGGUCGGCAACUAUGGAGCGACGGAAACGGGACAAAUUAUGACUUCUUUCCGAGCUCCGGAAGAUAAGGAGUGGCAGUAUAUGCGACUGCACCGUCCUGUUGCCGACCUCACCCUGAUGGAUGAAAUCUCGCCUGGGGUUUUUGAAUGCGUUGCGUUAGACGGCUUACCGAGUAAGGGUCCUUCGAACUCAAAGCCACCAUACAGCGCAAAGAACCCAGAGAACUCUUUCAGAACAGCCGAUUUGUUCACCAAACACCCGGAUCCAGAAAAGGGCAAUUAUUAUAAAUAUUUGAGUCGGCUUGACGAUCGGAUCACCCUGGUCAAUGGUGAAAAGGUGCUUCCUAUUCCCAUUGAAGGCCGCGUCAGAGAAGAGCCUAUCGUGAGUGACUGCGUUGUGUUCGGCUUCCAGCGGACUGUGCCUGGGGCUUUGAUUUUCCGUGCUCCUGGCAAGGUGCCUCAUCUCAGCGACGAUGAAUUUUUGGAAGCUAUCUGGCCAGCCGUUGAAGCGGCAAAUGCUCGCGCCGAGACGUUCUCCCGUAUCCCCAAGGAGCUUGUGGUGAUCAAGGGUGCUGAUGUUGUAUACGCCAGAACUGAUAAAGGAACCUGUAUACGCGCUCAGGUUUAUCAGCAAUUUGAGGAGGAUAUCAAGCAGGCAUAUGCCAAAUUUGAAGGGAGUGGCCAGAAGAGAGGUUCCCUCGCGCUCAGCAUUCCACAACUGGAGGAUUGGCUGCUUUCAAGAUUCAGGGAAGACUUGGGCGUACUAAUACCCGGUGCUGAGGCCGACAUCUUCUCGGCUGGGGUAGACAGUUUGCAGACAACGCAAAUUUGGAGGUGCAUCGUGCGCGAUAUUGAUAUCGGCGAUGGAGGGGAUCAGCUUUCACAGAACAUUGUGUUCGAGAAAGGCACAGUCAACGCACUUGCGAAGCACCUCUACCAGCUGCGAACUGGUCAGGAAUUCGAGAGAGAAGAUGAGCUUCAUUCCAUGCGUGAAAUGAUUGACAAAUACUCCCAUUUCACCCAGCAUUUCCCAACAAUAGCCCGAAGCCCAGAAACAGAGGUGGUAAUGGUCACCGGCGCAACCGGCAAUUUGGGGGCUUUCAUUGUCUCCGAGUUACUGAAACGACCAACAGUCUCCGAAGUCUGGGCAAUCGCGCGCGCACCAGGUCAAGCAGCGGCAGGAGCUCGUCUCUACAAAGCACUAGCUGAUCGCAACAUCGUUCUCACCGAUGCGGAAGCAGCAAAGCUUCACGCCGUCCCUGGUGACAUGUCACAGUCCAACCUCGGUCUCAAAGACCACGAUCUGCAACACUUACUCUCAUGCUUGACAUGCGUCAUCCACAGUGCCUGGGCCGUAAACUUCAACCUGGGCGUACGGUCCUUUGAGCAGCAGCAUAUUCGCGGAACAUACAACCUCAUCAAUCUCUGCCUGCGCUCUCGUCUCCCCACCCCUGCACGCUUCUUCUUCUGCUCCAGUGUAAGCGCUGCGGGCAACACGCCCAAACCCGCGUCGGUUCCCGAGACCAUAAUCGAGAAUUUGGAGCACGCACAAAGGACCGGGUACGGCAGGUCGAAGCUGGUCACAGAGCACAUCACUCGUAACGCCAUGCGUCAGACGGGCAUGCAAGCCCGAGUUUUGAGAAUCGGCCAGCUUGGCGGCGAUACGGUUGGCGCGCAAUGGAACGAUACGGAAGCCGUUGCGCUUAUGUUCCGGAGUGCGUUGACGACGGGUGCAUUGCCGGAACUGAAUGAGCGGCCGAGUUGGUUGCCUGUUGACCAGUGUGGUCGGGCUAUUUCGGAUAUUGCCAUGGACGUAUCUGGAUCUGCCGAUUCUAACAUUGUGUACCAUUUGGUUAACCCUCGCACCUUUAGCUGGAAGGAUGAUUUGCUUCCUGCUUUGAGACAGGGAUCGGCCUUGGCGCAGUUUGAGGUUGUCUCUCCGCAGGAGUGGCUGAGUAGAUUGGCGACUAGUGAGCAGGACCCGGAGGAAAAUCCGAGUGUGAAGCUCAUCGAUUUCUGGAGAUCUAAGUACGCAAGUCCUGGUCUGUCCGCGACAGGACCAGGGAGGAAUGCAGAGGCUGGUCUCACAUUUGAAACUGAGCGGACAGUGCAAGACUGCCCCUCUCUCGGUCUUUUGGAGGAUCCUGUUGCCGGUGGAUUGAUACAGAGGUAUAUUGAGUCAUGGAUGAGGAGGUGGACUGGUAAAUAA